CCAAAUCUCUCUCUUUCUCUCCCAAAUCUCUGCCACUACUCUCUUAAAUUUGAUAAAAACCCCCUCUUCAAAGAACACCAGAAAUCUCUCUCUCUCUCUCUCUCUCUCUCUCUCUCUCUCUCUCUCUCAUCAGUUGAAGAAGAAGAAGAAGAAGAAAUGGAACUGUUUGGAGGGCAACCAGACUUAUCUCUUCAAAUUAGGCCUCCAAAUUCAAAACCCUCUUCCAAGGGAAGCUGGAGAACACAGCAACCCAUUUCCUCUAUUCCUUCACACAACCCUCUGGAUUUCCUCUUUUUCAAUAACUUCCCUUCUUCUUCUUCUUCUUCUUCUUCUUCUUCUUCUUCUUCUUCUAAUUUUGGCCCUUCUCUUUCUAAUCCUAAUCCCUCCCAUUUCCUCCACCACCAUCUCCUCCCCGCAGCUACCAAUGUCGGUGGUGGUGGUGGCGGCGGAGUUUUCCACGGUCAUCCCCGUGAUCUUCAUCAUCAAGGCCUUGGAUUCUCGACACCCAUUAGGGGAAUUCCCGUCUAUCAAAACCCUCCUUCCUCUUCUUCUUCUUCCUCUUCUUACCCGAUAUUUGGGAGUGGCGGUGGCGGCGGCGGUGGUGGCAUUCAAUUUAACUACAACGCCCUUCGAUCGAGAUUAUUGGCGAGGUUUCCAGCCAAACGGAGUAUCCGUUCGCCGAGAAUGAGGUGGACUACCACUCUCCAUGCUCGUUUUGUUCAUGUUGUUGAGUUUUUAGGUGGCCAUGAAAGAGCCACACCCAAAUCAGUUCUUGAGCUCAUGGACGUCAAAGAUCUCACCUUGGCUCAUGUCAAGUCCCAUUUGCAGAUGUAUAGAACGGUAAAGACCACUGACAAAGCUGCUGCUGCUGUAGCUUCUUCCGGUUACGAUAUAAAUGUAGGGAAUUCGGAAGUUUACGAUCAAAAUAGGUCAUCGAGAGAUACAACAACAAAAGAUACAACGUACGAAAACGAGAAGUCAUCAAGAACAAGACUUAACACUCCGACCACUGAUUCUCCUCGGCAUCAACUCUCGCCAUCCUUCCACCAAGAAUUUCGUAAAACCGUCAAUGGAGAACAAGAUCAUCGUCGUACUCACACCGACCUUCCUGCCUUAUGGAGUAAUUCUUCGAGUAGAGAAGCUUUAUUCCAAGGCAUUAUUCCAAAGGAUUCCUCAGACAACCAGGCCUCUCAGCUUGAUCAGAGAUAUUUGGAAGACAAGAGCUCAAGCCAUGAAAGAACAUCAGAUGGAAGCUCACUGACAAAUCUUUCAGCUGGAACCAGCCCACAAAAACCCAAUUUGGAAUUCACUUUAGGAAUAUCCAUUUAGAAUUUAUUAUUAUUAUUAUUAUUAUUAUUAUUAUUAUUAUUUGUAAUAAAAAUUUACCAGAAGAGAAA